CAGAGAGGCAAGGAUGGGACAGUGCGCGAUUAAUCCAACUUUACUGAAGUUGGGACCGGACCUUCAGUCCCGCGUCGACGCCGACAUGCGGCGGUCAGAUGUGACCGUCAUCCGUCAGUGAAUAUAGCGCACAUCUAACGAGAAUUUAGACGGCGACUGUUAGAAAAGUCAAGAUGACAGUAGUGACAGACAUCCCGGAUAAAUGGUUUCCCGUCGUUCUUCCCCUGCAAAGAAAGAAACAGAAAGGACUAGAUGGAGCCAAAUCGAAAAAGAAGCGGACAGAGGAGGAGAGAAGGGUCAGAGCCAAUGACAGAGAGUACAAUGAGAAGUUUCAAUAUGCGAGUAACUGCAUUGUGACAUCCAAGUACAACAUCAUCACCUUUCUGCCGGUCAACUUGUUUGAGCAGUUCCAGGAAGUAGCCAACACCUACUUCCUUUUCCUGCUCAUACUGCAGUUAAUACCUCAGAUCUCCUCCCUCUCCUGGUUCACUACCAUUGUGCCUUUAGCUCUGGUGCUGAGCAUCACGGCUGUAAAGGAUGCCACAGACGACUAUUUUCGUCACAAGAGCGACAACCAAGUGAACAACCGCCAGUCUCAGGUCCUCAUCCGUGGCUCGCUAGAGAAUGAAAAGUGGAUGAACGUUCGAGUGGGUGACAUCAUUAAACUGGAAAACAACCAGUUUGUGGCAGCUGACCUGCUCCUGUUGUCCAGCAGUGAGCCUCACGGGCUCUGUUACAUCGAGACAGCUGAGCUUGAUGGAGAGACCAAUAUGAAGGUGCGUCAGUCUGUCUCAGUGACAUCUGAACUUGGAGACCCGAACAACUUGGCUUUGUUCAACGGUGAGGUGGUGUGUGAGCCCCCCAACAACAAGCUGGAUCGUUUCUGUGGGACUCUCUACUGGAGAGACAAGAAAUACACUCUGACCAACCAGAACAUGCUGCUACGAGGAUGUGUCCUCCGCAACACGGAAGCCUGCUACGGCCUGGUCAUCUUCGCAGGCCCAGAUACCAAGCUAAUGCAGAACAGCGGUCGCACCAAGUUUAAGCGCACGAGCAUCGAUCGCCUGAUGAACACUCUGGUCCUCUGGAUCUUUGGCUUCCUGGUGUGUAUGGGUGUGAUCCUGGCUGUGGGUAACGCAGUGUGGGAGAGAGAGGUGGGCUCCCUUUUUCAGAGCUAUCUGCCUUGGGACCCUCCUGUAGACAACUUCCUGUUCUCAGCCUUCCUCUCCUUCUGGUCCUACGUCAUCAUUCUCAACACUGUGGUGCCUAUCUCUCUGUAUGUCAGUGUGGAGGUGAUCAGGCUGGGGCACAGCUACUUCAUUAACUGGGACCAGCAGAUGUUUUGCUCACAGUGCAACACAGCAGCUGAGGCCAGGACCACCACUCUGAACGAAGAGCUGGGCCAGGUUGAAUACAUCUUCAGUGACAAGACUGGAACUCUUACUCAGAACAUCAUGAGCUUCAAUAAGUGCUCCAUCAAUGGACAGACUUACGGUGAAGUAACAGACCCACUGGGACCUCAGCCAAAGAGAUUGGACUUUACUCCCUUCAACCCCCUGGCGGACCCGGACUUCUGUUUCUAUGACGACACCUUGCUGGAAUCAGUGAAAGUGGGAGACUCACACACUCAUGAGUUUUUCCGCCUGCUGUCCCUCUGUCACACCGUCAUGAGUGAGGAGAAGAGCGAGGGAGAGCUGCUUUAUAAGGCUCAGUCUCCAGACGAGGGCGCUCUAGUGACAGCAGCUCGAAACUUCGGCUUUGUCUUUCGCUCCCGAACACCUGGGACAAUAACCACCACAGAGAUGGGACGACCUGUAACCUACACUCUGCUCGCCAUACUGGACUUCAACAACAUACGCAAGAGGAUGUCUGUUAUAGUGCGUAACCCAGAGGGCAGGAUCCGUCUGUACUGCAAAGGCGCUGACACUGUGCUGCUGGAGAGACUCCACCCCUGUAACCAGGAACAGAUGAAUAUCACCUCAGACCACCUCAAUGAGUAUGCAGCAGAUGGUUUGCGGACUCUGGCGCUGGCCUACAGGGACCUGUCAGAGGACGAGUGGGAGGCGUGGUCAGAGAGUCACCGCUGCGCAGAAAAGGCCACCAACUGCAGAGAGGACCGACUGGCAGCUGCUUAUGAGGAGAUAGAACAAGACAUGAUGCUCCUCGGUGCCACAGCUAUAGAGGACAAGCUGCAGGAAGGCGUCCCAGAGACGAUUGCUGUCCUCUCUCUGGCUAACAUUAAGAUCUGGGUUCUCACUGGAGACAAGCAGGAGACGGCUGUCAAUAUAGGUUACUCCUGCAAGAUGCUGACAGAUGAUAUGACAGAGGUGUUCAUCAUCAGUGGACACACUGUCCAGAGUGUACGGCAGGAGCUCAGGAGGGCGAGGGAAAGAAUGAUCGAGCUGUCUCAAACCAGAGAUGGAGGGAAGGAGGAGGGGAUGGAGGGAUGGGGAGAAGCAUGUUUCAUGGGUAACGGAUUCAGAGAAGGACGUGAAGGAGAUGUUACAGGAGGAGGAGGGAAACAGCUGCAGUGCCCUCCUCCUCCUCCUCUUCCUCCACCUCCACCUCCUGCACCUCCCUCCAACCUCAUGGACAACAUCUCUGGAGAGUUUGCUCUUGUGAUUAACGGUCACAGUCUGGCCCAUGCACUAGAAGCAGACAUGGAAACGGAGUUUGUGUCGACGGCAUGUGCGUGCAAAGCAGUGAUUUGUUGCAGAGUCACCCCGCUCCAAAAAGCUCAGGUGGUGGAGCUCAUCAAGAAACACAAAAAGGCUGUCACUCUGGCUAUAGGAGACGGAGCUAACGACGUUAGCAUGAUCAAAAGUGCUCAUAUCGGAGUUGGGAUCUCAGGUCAGGAGGGGAUCCAGGCUGUGCUGGCCAGUGACUACUCGUUCUCCCAGUUCCGCUUCCUGCAGCGCCUCCUGCUGGUGCAUGGCCGCUGGUCCUACCUGCGCAUGUGCCGUUUCCUCUGCUACUUCUUCUACAAGAACUUUGCCUUCACCAUGGUGCACUUCUGGUUCGGCUUCUUCUGUGGCUUUUCUGCACAGACGGUGUAUGACCAGUACUUUAUCACUCUCUACAAUAUUGUCUACACCUCCCUCCCUGUGCUGGCCAUGGGGAUAUUUGACCAGGAUGUUCCUGAUCAGAGGAGUCUGGAGUAUCCUAAACUGUAUGAGCCUGGACAGCUCAACCUCCUCUUCAACAAGAGAGAGUUCUUCAUCUGCAUCGCCCAAGGCAUCUACACAUCAGUGGUGCUGUUUUUUGUCCCCUGUGCCAUCUUGUCCGACGCGACUCAGAGCACCGGAGUGCCCCUCGCGGACUACCAGACCUUUGCUGUCACUACAGCAACAGCCCUGGUAAUUGUGGUCAGCGUGCAGAUUGCUCUCGACACAGGCUUCUGGACAGUUAUCAACCAUGUGUUUGUUUGGGGCUCUCUGGGCUCCUACUUCACCAUCAUGUUCGCAUUGCACAGUCAGACCCUCUUCAGGAUCUUUCCCAAUCAGUUCCACUUUGUAGGUCGGUGA